AUGAGUAGCCAGGACCAAGUCAGAAGGGAUCAUGAGGGGCCGUCGAAUCACACUAGGUCACAGGACAGACAAGCGGCUCAAGGGGUCUCCACAAUGCCUCCGUCAAUUGAUGUUGAGGCGUUGGAUGAUGAUGUUGUUAUUUCUUCGCCUAGGGCAUUUGCUGAAGCCAAAAAUAAUUCAAGAAGGGUUCGCGAACAGACAAUUGUGGUGGACCUCGAUUCUGAUGAAAGGCCUACCCGCUACAAGCGCAGAAGGGUUUCUACCAACCAAACAAUUAUAAAUUGUGACCUAUACAUUAAUUUGGAUGGCAGUGGCACCUCUAAGAGAAAGAGUGUACAAACUGUAACUUUGCCUCCAUCACCUCCACCUCCACCUCCACCACCAAAGGAGCCCAAAUUCAGCUGUCCUGAGAAAGACAACUGCAAAAGAUAUCUUCAGAAUUUACCUUCCCACCACUUCAAUUGCCUGAGGAAGCAACCUUUCAUUUUUAUGCUUCCAAACGUGCAAUUAUUGUGGGAGCUUGUCCCGGAAAUUUGGCCAGAGCAGAUAUGUGGAAAAGAUUAUGUAUGGUACGUCUACCUUCACCAGAUAUUUUCGUCGGAAUGGGAUCAGGUUCGCUCGGAGCCUUGUAGCUCGCCGCCCUGCUUGUCGGAGUAUUUUGCAGGUUUGCUUGGAGCCGUGCAGCUCGACCCAAUUCAGACUAGCCUACCCGAUGUGCUCGAAAUCACUGCUCGAUCAGAUCACAAAGUCGACCACCGGUGUGCUCGAAACCCCUCUGUACGGAUCGACCAGAUCCAAAGUUCGAAGUCUGUUGCCCGUUCGACCAGAUUAGCAGAUAUGCCCGAUGAGGAGUUUGCUUGA